AUGCAUAUAUAAGAACAAGUACAAAUUAUGAAUAUGGAUCAUCCUCAACGUGUAAUACAAUGAGUAGGUCCAAUUUUGGCCAAAAUUUGAGCAAUAACAUGUUGAGUAACAGCUGCAUUGGAGUUCAAGAAUUUGGAGAUUAUAAUGAGCUUCCAUUAGACUAUAAAGAUUGGAGUAACGAGGAUUAUUCAAAGUGUUUAAAUGACUUGUUGAAUCAGAGUGUUGCAGCAUUGUACUAUGGUUAUUUGCCAAAUCUAGGAUUCGACGUGAUUAAGAUGGCUAAAAAUCCCAAAGCCUCGCGAUUAUUGCAAAAGUUUCUUGAGCUGAAUAAUUAUUACUACAUACAAAGGAUACUUAAUGAGGUUCUUGAUUCUUUUUUUGAGGUGAUGAUCGAUGAAUAUGGACAUGUUUUCUUCCUAAAACUCUUUGAAUUCUGCAACGACGAACAGAUAAAACUAAUUCUCAGAACAUUUCACUUCAAUGUUGAUUUGUUUUUACAAACAGCCUUUAUGAAAUACGGGUGAGUAAAGCUUUUUGUUAAGUACUUCACUUUUUUUAAUAUUGGCCUACUUUAACAUUUUUUGCCUUUUGAUUUUGACAGUUCAAAGACCAUUCAAAUGCUAAUUAAAAGCUUCAAAAAGAAACCUUUGGCCAAGUAUUGCUCAGAAAUUGUGUCUUUGAAGUUAGUUGAACUGAUGACUCAUCGAACAGGACGAUACGUUGUUGAACAGUGUUUCCAUGUCUUCAAUGAGAAGCAGAAUGAGGUUUUGUACCGUGGGAUUAUUAGUUGUUUCAAAGAAUUGGCUACAAAUGAAAGUGGAUGUGCAUCUUUGAAUGUUUGCAUCAAUUGUAUCACCAACCCUCUCAAAAGGGAGCUACUUGAAAAAAUUGCAAACCAGUCAGGUUACCUUGCCAAUGAUCCUUGGGGGAACUUUGUUGUGCAGCAUGUUCUUGAACUUGGGGACGAAGAGAUUUCAAGUAAAGUAUUCAGCCAACUUGAGAAGCAGUACUUAACACUAGCCUUCAAAAAAGGUGGUAGCCAUGUUGUUGAGAAAUGCAUAGAGUCAUCAAAAUCUGGAAUGAUUUCAGUGGUUGAUGUUCUUCUAACUGAUGAUAAAGCACUAGUUCAACUUGCCAAAGAUCCCUUCGGCAAUUAUGUGAUUCAGAAAGCAUUGAAAUCCACAAAGGAGUAUGGAGAGGAAACGCGACAUCAAGCUCUAGCCGGAGUUCUAAUGGCACAUAGUUCGUUUCUUGUACACAACAAACCUGGGAAACAUGUGAUCUUCAUUAUCAAAAGUCUAAAUCCAGUUUUUCAGAGAGCCUGGAAUUCAUAAUCAACACAGUGUUGAGGAAGACAAUCUUGUUUCUGUGUUUUUUGUUUAUGUUACUUCUGUGUAAUCUGUCUCUUCUGUUAGUACUUUGUAACACACAAGGGUGAAUUUGAGAUGAUGCAAAUCAGUGUUCUAAAAUUGUAGUUAGCCGUCAGAAACUAGGAUUUGUUUGAGAUUUGUAGUAUGGCAUUUUGGGUGGUAAUAUUUUGUAAGAGCUUUGUUUAUCUAUAUUG